GACUCCGCCUUCCCAAAAUGGCGUCCGUUGUUCCGUGGAGAGCCGGCCGAGCGAAGAAGAGUAACCCAUGAGGCGAUUUCCUCGCUGGCCUCCUUCUCCUUUCGCCGGUAGCCCGAGCGCGGGAGGAGGAUGCUGCCGGCACUGGCCGCUCAGCGGAAGGGAUGGCGCUGCUUGGACCCGCUGCGUCUGCUUCUGCUGCUGCGGCGGCGGGAGGGAGGGAGCCGGUGCCCGCCGGUUUGCCCCGGCUGGCAAGUACCCAUUAAACCUGGGAGACUCUUGGCCAUUCUGCCUCAUCCCACCAGUCAAGUCCGAGCAUAUUCCUCCAACGAUCAGAAGAACAGCACAAGGACUCAAGAUGCCAGUUCUUCAGCCUCAGAAGGCAAUGCACAGAAAACAGCGUCCGCCCGAGACGCUAUCAAUCAAAUUCCUUUCCCACAGCAACCAAUUCAAGUAAAAGUGAAAGCUGUGCUUAAAAAAAGAGAAUAUGGACCAAAGUACACAAAGAAUAACUUCAUCACUGGCGUGAGAGCAAUAAGUGAAUUUUGCCUUAAGUCCAGUGAUCUCGACCAGGUUAGAAAAAUCAAACGGCGAAGCCCUCAUGACGAUACGGAAGCUUUCACUGUGUUUUUGAGAUCAGAAGUGGAAGCUAAGUCUCUAGAAGUCUGGGGAAGCCCCGAAGCUCUGGCCCGAGAGAGAAAAAGGCGCAUAGAAGCUGAAAGAGAAUACAUGGAAAAAUUAUUUAGAAGUCAGAAGUUGUUGAGAGAAUACAGAAAUUUCCAAGGAGAAACUAAGCCACGUUCCCGAGCAUCAGCAGUGUUUCUGAGCGGACCAGGAAAAGUGGUGAUGGUUGCUAUUUGCAUAAAUGGCCUGAAUUUUUUCUUUAAGCUCCUCGCCUGGGUCUACACAGGUUCUGCCAGCAUGUUCUCCGAAGCCAUACAUUCCUUAGCUGAUACCUGCAAUCAAGCCUUGCUCGCAUUGGGGAUCAGCCAGUCAGUGAGGAUACCUGAUCAAAGCCACCCGUAUGGCUUCACCAACAUGCGCUACAUCGCCUCCCUGAUUAGCGGCGUCGGCAUUUUCAUGAUGGGGGCCGGCCUCUCGUGGUAUCACGGGAUUAUAGGGCUACUCAAUCCUCAGCCGAUAGAAUCCCUUCUUUGGGCUUACUGUAUUUUAGCAGGAUCUUUGGUCUCAGAAGGAGCUACUCUUCUGGUAGCCAUCAACGAAAUCCGAAGGAGUGCUCGAAGCAAGGGACUCUCGUUUUACCAGUAUGUUAUUCAGGCUUGUGAUCCCAGCACAAACGUUGUGUUGUUAGAAGAUACGGCAGCCGUUCUUGGUGUGACGCUAGCUGCUACCUGUAUGGGGCUGACUUCCCUAACAGGUAAUCCCUACUAUGACAGUUUGGGCUCUCUGGGCGUGGGGACUUUGUUGGGAGUGGUGUCGGCAUUCCUCAUCUACACUAACACAGAAGCCCUGCUGGGCAGAUCCAUCCAGCCCGACCGGCUUCAGAAGCUGACUGAGUUACUGGAAUGUGAUCCUGUAGUCCGAGCGAUCCAUGAUGUCAAAGCUACAGAUAUGGGAAUGAACAAAGUGAGGUUCAAAGCAGAAGUGGACUUUGAUGGACGGGUGGUCACUCGGUCCUACCUGGAGAAACAAGACAUUGAGCAACUCCUACAAGAGAUCCAGCAGGUGAAAACUCUAGAAGAUUUAGAGGCGUUUAUGCUUAAACACGGGGAAAACAUCAUUGACACUUUGGGAGCAGAAGUGGACCGACUUGAAAAAGACCUCAAGAAACUGAAUCCAGAAGUACGGCACGUAGAUCUGGAAAUACUGUAGUCUUCAUGGAAUCAACUUCUUCAGAUCUCUCUCUUUUUUUGGAUCAGCUAAUUGGAGGACGGGCACCGGCUGAAACUUUGAAGAUCUCCAAACACCACACCUUUUUUAAGUUCCCCGAUUUUCACGCCGAUUGGUUUACACCCAGAUUCGGCUAUGGCUUUCUUUGAACCGGCUACUUAGAGCUGCUUGCUUCCUCUUAACAUGGAUCUGUAGAACAAUUUGCAACUAGACACUUUAAAUAAGUUAUUUACAUUUCUGUUUCGGGGGGGAGGGGGAAAUGCACCCUAUCUAUUUUACUGCCCUAUUUAGAGUAUUUUUUUAAUCUGGUUUGCAAAACCAUCCCCGUUUGAAGACUGCAUUUCUCCUAGAGUCCAAUUUGAAGAAUUCUAGUUUUGUAGUCUUUUUAUCUGCUGGUGUUUUUUUUUUGUUUCCCCGCUUCUCUGAAUUUGGUGUCUGCAGCGUUGCCCGUUCUAGUUCCCACUUCAGAUGGUUUGAGAUGAAUACUUCCAAUACUUCUGGCUCAGCGUUAUGACCUUGUAGCUGCUCCUUGCAAACUCUGUAGCUUUGGACCCAGAUGAUCUGGACAAAUUUUUGGGGGAGAUUUCCCCCCUAACCAUGUACAUAAAAGCUGCAGGUGCCUGGAGCGGUCCUUGGGAUAAUUUCAAGGGUAGGCUAAAGAUUUGGAAAGUUUUUAACCUGUGCACUCCUCUUCCAGAUGUUGACUUUGCGAAUAUCAAAAGACCCAAACCCCUUGUUCUAAAUCUCAUUGUAUUUUUCCUUUGGGUGUAACGCAGGAUAAUCAUUUUGCGGGAGACGCCUGAAGGAAUAUCGGGAUGAACUUUCCAGAUGUUCAAACUGGUCCUUCUCCAAAGCUUGGUGCCCUCCAAGCCUUGGUGGACUUCCAGGGCUUCCCAGGCAAGGGUGGGGAUUGUAAUGCAGCCCAUCUGGAAAGAACUAGAUUGAGAGAGGAUGCCCUGUUGAAAAAUAUGUCAUAAAUGCUAGUUCCUGCUCUUCUCAAAACAACUGUAUUUGUUCGAGUAGCAUCUGAAAGUAACGCCUGAUAACUUAAAAUACUUUUUUUUUUAAAUUUGAUUUGAUUUGAUUUUUUAAAAAUUAAAAUCUUACUAGGAUGGCACCGAACAGCAUCUUAAGGAACUGUUUGGAUCUCAUCUUGAACAUUGAAUGUAUUUAGUAAUUGGUAGAGUUUGCGAAUGGCAGAAGGAGCCUCUGUGAGUAUGACUUAUCUCUUCCCGAGGAAUGAGGAUGCUACUGACAAUGGUACCAGCUGUUUGGGCUCCCUCUGAAGAAGAAGAAGAAGAAGAGAAGGGAUGCCUGGGCAUUACAUGUAGUGCACUGGGCCAGCUUGGAAGACGUUUGAGAUCCAAACUGCCAAAGUUGGGCCAGAUCAUGAGCUAAAGGGCUCCCCCCCCCCCCCCCAAUAAAUAAGUGAGGAAAGACGGGGUCCGAAGUCUGUGGAGAUUGUCAUUCAUAGAAGUUUAUGGAGAUUGUCAGGCCACGGUUGUCCCAGAGGGGCUUUUUCCAAGAGUCAACUGGACUUCCUUGGUUUUUCUUGGAAGUCGUUUCACUUCUCAUCCAAGAAGCUUCUUCAGCUGGGAUGAGAAGCCAAACAUCUUCCCAAGAAAAACCAGGAAAGUCCAGUUGACUCUUGGGGAAACCAAAAAAAAAAGAGCACCUUUGGGGCACAUGCUCUGAAGCCAAACCUCAUAAAGAUGGUGGUUUACGCAUGCAUUCCCACUACUAUUGGAAGGCUUGAUAGACGAUCCGGCCACCUUAUCAUGGCAAGGUGGCAUCUGUCUGCGGCAUCGGAGCCGCCAAACUUACUUCGCAGAAGGAAACCGCAAUCUGAGCGCCGUAGCCGUAUGAGAAAUGCGCCGCCUUCUGGGCCAGCUCCGCGUCACCGAAGUCACCAAGGGCCAGUUUGCAAAAGAAGCUUCAAUCUCCGAUGCACUUUAUCCAUGUGUGGGUGAGUCUCUUUCUGAGAGGUCUUUGGCCGGAGGCAAAGACCUUUAAAAAAACAAAACAAAACUGGGAGGGGGCAUUUGGAUACGCGGACAUGAAUUUGCAACCCUGUUUAAAAAUAUUAAGCCGUGGCACAAAUUAUGUGUGGUGACCGAAAUGUGCCAGGUUGGUUUUAAUAUGGAAAAAAAAAGAAAAAUAAUCACUUCCUGCGUUUUAAGUAGCGUUUUGACCUUUCUAUGCAUGAUUAAAUGUAAUGAUGCUGUGUUUUAGGGUUGUUGUUUUUUUAAGUUUCAGGAAAAAGGCUGUACAUAAUGUAAUUAGCGUCUACUCGAUAAACCUUGUUCUGUACA